CCUUGGGCGUUUCCCCCUGCCGGGGUCCCGCAGAUGGUGCGGUCCGGCCCGGAACAAUAUGGCUACGGUAUUUCGGCCCUUGGAGCGCCUGCGGGUGCCGCGUCCUUCGCUGCAUCCCGGGGUGACGGGCUCAGGCUCCGCCUGCUGCCGCUGCACUCUCGGAGCUAAAAGAUACCUACUCACAGAUAGCGUUAUGAAAUUAAAGGAAUUUCAGCAUAAGAAGAUGGCUAUUGCAUAUAACCUUUCUGGCACCAAAGAACUCUAUUUCAGAAACUUGGAGGAGAAGUUGACGCAGAACAAACUCAUCUUGAAGGAAGAGUUGAAAACACUGCUGCACCUGUGCCAGUCCUUGGAAGAUGUGCAGCUGGCAAAAGUGGUCAUUUAUAGGUACCACGCAGAAAACAGAAAUUUCACCUUGGGGGAGUAUAAGUUCGGACCAGUUUUCAUGAGGCUGUGCUAUGAGCUGGACCUUGAGGACUCUGCAGUGGAGCUCAUCAGAGACAAGCAUCUACAAGGCUUCUUCCUAGAUUCGACGUCAUUCAAUAUUUUGAUGGAUAUGCUAUUUACCAAAGGCAAAUAUGAAAGUGCACUGCAAGUGUUGAUUGAAAUGAAAAACCAGGAUGUGAAGUUCAGCAAAGACACCUAUGUCCUCGCGUUUGCAAUCUGCUAUAAACUGAAUACCCCGGAAUCGCUUAAAAUCUGUACCACAUUAAGAGAAGAAGCCCUAAUUAAGGGAGACAUUAUCUCCAGGAGAGCAUCCUGUUUUGCAGUGGCAUUAGCUCUGAAUCAGAACCAGUUGGAAAAAGCUGUGUCCAUUUUUUCUCAAAUCAUGAAUACAGAAAGCAUAGCGUGUACUAACUUAAAUAUCUUAAUCCACAUCCAGUCAAAUGUGUUGGAAAGCCUGAUAAAGAUCUUAGAGGAUGCUCUUGACAUAAACUUAUCGAAAUUUGUAAGAAGACACACAUUCUCAGAGGAAGUGCUGUUCAAAGUGAGGGAAAAACUGAAGGACAGCCCUAGGCUCCUAGCCAGAUUUGAUGAGGUCUACGGGAAACUGCACAUAAACGGUCAAAUCACCGUCUACACUUUGGAUGCUCUGCUCUGUCACGUUCCCCGGGACAAGAGAUCCAACACACCGCUGUUAAAGAGGAGGACAGUCAGCCAUCGCACCUUACAACCUCUCAGCCGGUCCCUGCUGACCGAGUAACUGUUUUCCAUCUCCCUGGUCUGGAGGAGCUUCUGCUCCAAGUGAUUACUGGCUUCUCCAAGCCAGGUGUCUUACCUCAGGGGCACUGUGCUGACUCUUGGUCUCCCUAAGUCCCGAGUGGUGAUGUGCUGAUCAGAGAAAUGUGAAGAGCUAGCUCAAGCAAGGCUUGCCACAGAAAGGCCGCUGCCCCCGUUUCAGAGGCUCCAGAAUGAGAACCGCAGCUUCUAAUGCAACCCAAGAGAGUGGAACUCAGUAAGUACCUGCAGAAGGAAUUUCUCAUGGUCUGUUCAACCUUGACUGACCUUUUUCACGGCAGAUGUGACUCGCAGGUUGGGGAGAGGUGCCGUGAUGAGCUCAGGAGAUCUGAAACCCUCACCUACCAUCUUUGGAAGUGGCCAGGGCCUUCCUCAUCUCUGCCAUCAUUAUUCCAUCUGUGACUCGUGCUGCCUGUGUGUGCAGAGGAUCUCACACUUCCAUUCGUGGUUCAGUAGAGUCACACUUUCUCCGAAAUAAGAAAUAAAAGGUACCUGUGCAGG